AUGGUCAAAGCCAACAUCUGGGCCAUAACCCAAGGCCUGGUAUUCCUCAGCACAUUCCUCACCACCUCUUUUGUCAAAGCAGACAACCCCAUUGUUCAAACCCUCUACACCGCAGACCCAGCCCCCGUCGUGCACAACGGCCGCGUCUACCUCUUCACAGGCCACGACGAAGAUGGCUCCACCACCUUCAACAUGCUAGACUGGCGACUCUUUUCGUCAGACGACAUGGUCAACUGGCAACACCAUGGAGUUCCAAUGAGUCUGCAGACAUUUUCGUGGGCGCGCGAUAGAGCUUGGGCCGGUCAAGUCGUCGCUCGAAAUGGAAAGUUUUACUUUUAUGUGCCUGUUAGUAUGAAGAGCAAUGGACGUAUGGCUAUUGGUGUUGGUGUGAGUGAUAAGAUUGAGGGGCCGUAUCGGGAUGCGCUGGGUAAACCUCUUGUUGAGAACAAUGAGAUUGAUCCCACUGUCUUCAUUGACGACAAUGGCCAGGCUUAUCUGUACUGGGGAAAUCCUGGUUUGUGGUACAUCAAACUCAACCAGGAUAUGAUCUCUUACAGUGGUGCCGUCACUAAAGUUGAGCUCACCACUGCUGGGUUUGGUUCUCGUCCCAACAAUCCUGAUCGCAAGACCAACUAUGAGGAAGGACCAUGGCUGUACAAGCGCAAUGGAAUGUACUACAUGAUCUACGCAGCGAAUUGCUGUUCUGAAGAUAUCCGUUACUCAACUGGUCCUACUGCGACUGGACCAUGGACAUACCGCGGCGUGGUAAUGGCGAAAGAGGGAAGAAGCUUCACCAACCAUCCCGCCAUUAUUGAUUACGAGAACAAGUCCUACUUCUUUUAUCACAAUGGUGCUCUUCCUGGUGGAAGUGGUUACACGCGUUCUGUCGCCGUGGAAAGUUUCACCUACAACUCCAACGGAUUAAUUCCUCAAAUGAAGAUGACCACACCUGGUGUCGCACAAGUCAGGCCCCUCGAUCCAUACAAGCGUCAAGAAGCAGAGACCAUCGCAUGGACAAACGGCGUCAAGACCGAAACGUGCAGCGAAGGCGGUCUGAAUGUUGCAUUCAUCAACAACGGAGAUUACAUCAAAGUCAAGGGAGUCGCUUUCGGUAACGGUGCCAAGAGCUUCAGUGCCCGCGUUGCUUCUGCGAAUAGUCGGGGCGGAAAGAUCGAGUUGAGGUUGGGAAGCGAGGCUGGUAAGGUUGUUGGUACUUGCACGGUGCCUUCGACUGGGGGUUGGCAGAGUUGGAGAACGGUUGAGUGUCCUGUUAGUGGUGCUACUGGGACGAGUGAUUUAUUCUUGAAGUUUACUGGGGAGGGGUCUGAUUAUUUGUUUAACUUCAACUGGUGGCAGUUUAAGUGA